CCAUUAGUACCUAUUUGCUUGUGUUUGGUUAACUAAUUCCGGGUUUUAGAUAUGGGAUAUGCUGGAGCCUGAACCCUUAUUCAAAGUCUACAGUCACGACAGUGGUCUUAACGAAGCGUUCCGCCUUGCUCAUAUGGUAGCAAUAUUAGGCCCACCACCUUUGGAUUUUUUGAAGAGGAGUGCCACCUCAGCAAAAUAUGGGGAUGAUGAUGGAAAGUGGAAAGGGUCUGUCCCGAUCCCACCGCCGACAAGUCUCGAGUCCCGAUUUACGCAAUUCGAUGGGCAGCGCAAGACAAAAUUCCUCGAUUUCAUUCGGAAAUUGCUCGAAUGGGAUCCACAACAGCGGCCUUCAAGUGGAGAUGCGUAUAUGCAUCCAUGGUUAGCUGAAGUUCGGGGAGAGGAAGACGAUUCGUAAGUUUGGUUGAAAGUUGGCAACCAAAAAAGUCCGUUGGGCAGAGUCCGUAAAUGAGCAAAAUGAGCGUAUCACAGCGCGACCUCGAACAAAGAUGUUAUAAAGCUCAUGAUAGAUAUUUCCGUGGCCUUCGACCUGCAGCAACACCAAAGAUGAGGAUACAUCUUUAACUAUAUUUGCAGGUAAGUCAACAUCGCAGCGCAUUCCUAAUAAGAAAUUUCCG